GGAGGCUCAGGGCACAUUCAUUUGUUAUCAUGCAUGGAAGGAAGCACGGAAGGAAGGACGCAAGGAUUGAUCCUUAAGUGGCCUUGGGACAGCGAAUCGUGGACGGAAGGAAGGAAAGGAACUUGAGGAGGAGUCAUAUUACUAACUGCGGAGAGAAAUUUGAGGCUGUCGAAGGGAAGGAACCUAGGGUUUGUGAGCUCGAUAGGUUUUAUUUUACGAUUUUAACAUCGAGGGAGAGAACGUGUUGCGAAGAGUUUUGCAUUGUGAGAACUGAGAGGAGAAUUUGUUAGUGAUAUUUUGGAGAAGAAAAAGGAGUUUGUUUAAGAGGAAGAUUGUGGCGUAGCAAUGGCAAGAGCUGUCAUGUCAUUGAAUGUCGCAGGACUUUCUUCCUUUGUGAAAGAUGGGGGCCUUAGUUCGCCUUCAUCGCCGGCGAGUUCAGGAUGCGAUAGUCCGAUCUUUUGGUGCAGCUCAGCUUCGCACUACGGUGGGCAAAGGAUUGCUACCGCAUCUUCUCCUCGAGAACCUUCGUCUUGCGGACCUACUCCAGGAGCUCGAGCGUACGCGGCCACAGAGGAAAAUGUCAGGACAAGGUUUGUUUCUGGGGUUGUCACUAAGAACUUGUACGAUCUCUUAGGCGUGAGCAAAACGGCAUCUCCUAGAGAAAUUAAAGCUGCCUACAGGCUGGCGGCUCGCCGGCUACAUCCCGACGUUGUUCCAGAGGAACAGAAAAUGGAAGCCACUAAGGCCUUCUUGGAAGUGCAACAAACUUACUCAAUACUCGCUGAUCAGCAAUUGAGAGCGGCUUACGACUUGACACUUUCCAUGCAAACUUUUCAGUCUGGCGGUUUCAUCAAUAGAAGGCCCAUCUCAUAUAGCGGGAUGGAAGAGAUAACUUACUCUACUCCUUCUUGGGGUUUCACUUCUUCUCCAAUUUCCAGCAACGAUUCGUUUUCCUCCAGCAAUUUUUCAUUUAAGGGACGCAAUUGGGAGACCGAUCAGUGCUGGUGAUAAGCAUUAGAACCUGAGCCAUUCCUUGGGGUUCAUUAUCCCCUUGUUGUAAAUUGUAUAACCUGAUAUAGAGUGAACGCGAAGUCGCGGCUGUGCACUUGGAAGAGCUAUUUUUGCCGCCCGAAGCACGAGUGUAAAUUUAAAAACAAAGCUUGGAUUAUGAGAAAUACCCUGAAAAAGUCUAUUGCCUGCGGGAAAAAUGUCCGAACAAUUGACUUGUGCAAGAGGCGUGAUAUUACGCCGCAGAAUGUUGGCAAAAGAUUUUGUUAAUUAGCAAAUUGAUUUCGCAGCAAA